AUACCAUGGCGGCGUCUGCAGGGGGUCAGCUUCGUGAUGUUCACUUCGGAGGAGAUCAGAAUGCUAAGUGUGAAGGCCAUAACCAAUCCACAAUACAUGGACAGUAUGGGCAACCCCAUGGUGAACGGCCUGUACGAUCUCGCUCUGGGCCCUUCAGACAACAAGGAAGCAUGCGCUACAUGUGCACAGGAUUUACGGAAAUGCCCCGGACACCUUGGCCACAUCGAGCUGCCAUUAACAGUGUAUAAUCCGCUGCUGUUUGAUAAACUGUACCUUCUGGUGCGGGGCUCCUGCUUUCACUGCCACCUUCUGACAUGUCCCCGCUCCGUUAUUCAUCUGUUGCUCAGUCAGUUGAAGGUCCUGGAAUGUGGUGCCCUCAGUGAAGUUCAUGAGCUGGAGGCAGUUCUUAGUCGGUUCUUGGAAGGAAACUCUUCUGCCACUGGCAAUGAGAUUCAUGAAGAGUUGGAAGCUUACACUCGAAAAGUGCUUAAAGCUUUCUCAAAGAAGAAAAUUGGGUCAUUUGUGAAAAAUAUCUGUGUGACCAGAAAUAAACUGAUUUCAGAUUUCUGGAAGACCCAAAUGGCAUCAAAGAAAUGCCCUAACUGCAAGGCACCGAAAUCUACAGUACGAAAAGAACACAACAGCAAGCUGACUAUAAUAAUGUCUUCAAAAAUGCCGAAGGAUGAGAAAGAAAUAACCGAAGAAUCAGAAGUGUUUGGCGUCUCAGAUUUGCCCACACGAGGUUACCUGACUCCCAACACUACGAAGGAACACAUUGAGGCCCUUUGGGAAAAUGAAGGCUUUUUCUUGAACUGUCUGUUUUCUGGACUGGGGAUCGGCCAGGAGUUCUCUCCAGACAUCUUUUUUUUGGAUCUUGUGGUUGUUCCACCAGCUCGCUAUCGUCCAGUAAAUCGCCUGGCAGAUCAGGUGUACACUAAUGGCCAGACAGUGAACCUGCAGGCAGUCCUGAAAGAUGUGUCCAUGAUACAGAAGCUUCUGGCCAUCAUGGCGGAAGAGCAGGCAAAGCCACCGCAAGAAACGGAAACCUGCCUGAUGCAGAGUGAGCCUUCUGAAGUCAUAGAUCGCUCCUUCUUGGCAAUGCUGCCUGGGCAGACACUCACAGACAAGCUGUACAAUUCCUGGAUUCGAUUACAGAGUCAUGUUAACAUUGUGUUUGACAGUGAUAUGGAUAAACUGAUGACAGACAAGUUCCCUGGGAUCAGGCAGAUACUGGAGAAGAAAGAAGGUCUGUUCCGAAAACACAUGAUGGGAAAGCGUGUGGACUAUGCUGCACGAUCUGUUAUUUGUCCCGAUAUGUACAUCGGCACCAAUGAGAUUGGAAUUCCAAUGGUGUUUGCUACAAAACUGACCUACCCUCAACCUGUGACAGCAUGGAACGUGCAGGAACUCAGGCAGGCUGUUAUGAAUGGGCCAAAUGCUCACCCUGGAGCCUCCAUAGUGGUCAGUGAAGACGGCUCACGUACAAUAUUGAGUCCCACUGAUGCAGCACAGAGGGAGGCCAUUGCAAAGCAGCUUCUUACUCCAUCCACCGGUGUAAAGAGAUUGACCUCCAAGAUUGUGUAUCGCCACAUAAAGAACGGGGACAUCCUGCUGCUUAAUCGGCAGCCCACCUUACACAGGCCAUCCAUACAAGCCCACAAGGCUCGGAUACUUCCAGGGGAGAAGGUCCUGAGGUUGCACUAUGCCAACUGCAAGGCUUACAAUGCUGACUUUGAUGGUGAUGAAAUGAACGCUCACUUCCCUCAGAGCGAACUAGGCCGGGCAGAAGCCUACACCAUAGCGUGUACUGAUGAGCAGUACUUGGUGCCUAAGGAUGGGACGCCAUUGGCAGGACUGAUCCAGGAUCAUAUGGUGUCUGGGGCAAGUAUGACCAUCCGGGGUUGUUUCUUUACCAGGGAACAGUACAUGGAGCUGGUCUACAGAGGGCUGACGGAUAAAACAGGUCGGGUGAAAACCCUUCCGCCAGCAAUCAUGAAACCACGCAAACUAUGGACAGGAAAGCAGGUAGUUUCUACGUUACUCAUCAACGUAAUUCCAGAUCAUCACAUCCCUCUUAACCUGACAGGAAAGGCAAAGAUUGGUGGGAAGGCGUGGGUGAAGGCCCCAUCUAGGCCGAUACUGGGUUUUAAUUCAGACUCCAUGUGUGAGUCUCAGGUUAUCAUUCGUAGCGGAGAACUGCUGUGUGGAGUCUUGGACAAAGCUCACUAUGGCAGCUCGUCCUUUGGACUGGUUCAUUGUUGCUAUGAGCUGUAUGGUGGAGAGACCAGUGGAAAACUGCUCACUUGCCUGGCUCGUCUCUUUACUGCUUACUUACAGCUUUACCGUGGAUUUACCAUGGGAGUGGAGGACAUUCUAGUUCGACCCUAUGCUAAUGGCAAGAGACAGAACAUUGUGGGACGUUCUGCACAUUGUGGUGGACGGGCUGUCAGAGCUGCCUUCAAUCUCUCAGAGAUGGCUUCAGAUGAAGAAGCCAAAGAAAAGUGGCAGGAUGCCCAUUUAAACAAAGACCAGAGGGACUUCAACAUGGUGGAUUUGAAAUUCAAGGAAGAAGUUAAUCAGUUCAGCAAUGAAAUCAAUAAGGUGUGCAUGCCGCUUGGUCUCCACAGGCGCUUCCCAGAGAAUAAUUUGCAGCUGAUGGUUCAGUCUGGAGCCAAAGGAUCAACAGUGAAUACCAUGCAGAUUUCCUGUCUGCUGGGUCAGAUUGAGUUGGAAGGCCGGCGACCACCAUUGAUGCCAUCAGGGAAGUCUCUGCCUUGUUUCCAGCCAUAUGACUUUGCGCCACGCUCUGGCGGCUUUGUGACAGGUCGCUUUCUCACUGGCAUCAAACCUCAAGAAUUCUUCUUUCAUUGUAUGGCUGGGAGGGAAGGCCUGGUGGACACUGCUGUGAAAACAAGUCGUUCUGGAUACCUGCAGAGGUGUGUUAUUAAACAUCUGGAAGGAUUAGUGGUCCAGUAUGAUCUUACAGUACGUGACAGUGAUGGCAGCGUGAUUCAGUUUCUCUAUGGAGAAGAUGGGCUAGAUGUCCCCAAGACACAGUUUCUACAGCCAAAGCAGUUCCCAUUCAUUGCUGAGAACUAUGAGGUUAUAAAACAGUCCAAGAGUUUGGAUGAGGUCUUGUCAAGGAUGGACUCUGAGCAAGCUGGCCAACAAAGCCACUCCAUCAGGAAAUGGAAAGUCAAGCACCCUGCACCAUAUCAGAGGCUGGGAGCUUUCUUGUUGUACUCCCAGAAGAAGAUGGCUGCUGCCAGGGCCCUGUGUGGGGCUGAGCAGUACGACAACGGCAGGGAGCUGGCUGCCAAGCAGCUGAUGGACAAUUGGUACGCCUUGGAUAAAAAGUCUCAGAACAAAUACAUGAAGCGAGCGGCCCAUCUGCCUGAUCCUUGCUUGUCAGUCCUUCGGGCAGAUUUGUAUUUUGGAUCUGUAUCUGAAUCAUUUCAAGAGAAGGUGGAUCAGUACAGCCACCAAGUCCACACGGAGGAAAGCAACACUUACUGCAAGUCCAAUAUUACAGCUGAUAGACUGAAGACACUGCUGCAGCUAAAGUGGCAAAGAGCACUGUGUGACCCCGGGGAGGCCGUGGGGCUUCUGGCAGCUCAGAGCAUUGGGGAGCCAUCUACACAAAUGACACUGAACACUUUCCACUUUGCCGGCAGAGGAGAAAUGAAUGUCACAUUGGGUAUUCCCAGGCUUAGAGAAAUUCUGUUAAUUGCAAGCUCCAAUAUUAAAACUCCUAUGAUGCGGGUUCCUGUCCUACUGUCCAAGAGAGCCUUAAAGAGGGUGCAAGCUCUGAAGAAGAGGCUCACUCGAGUGUGUGUCUCCGAGGUGAUGCAUAAAUUGGAUGUGGAAGAAACCUUCCGGAUAGAGGAGAAGUCCCGAAAAUAUCAAGUGUAUAAACUCAAGUUUCACUUCCUACCCUACGAAUUUUACCGUCAGGAGAAAUGUGUGAGACCCGAAGACAUUGUCCGCUUUAUGGAGACCAGGUUUUUCAAAAUUAUGCUCGAUGCCAUCAAGAGGAGAAGUGCAAAGCUUGCCUCCUACAGGGAGGUCACUGCCCGAAAAGCAACACGGAAAGAUAUGGAUGAAGGAGCAGCGGGUGCCGGAUCCCAGGAGAGCCAGGAGCUUGACAAUGAAGAAGCUAUUGUGGAUGCAGAGGCCGAUGAAGGAGAUGCAGAUGCUACUGAUGCAAAGAGAAGAGAGAAACAAGAGGAGGAGGUGGAUUAUGAGAGUGAAGAGGAUGAGACCCCGGAGGAUGAAGAGCAGCAGGAUGAGAACAAACCUCAGGAGGAAGAACUUGACUUACAGGUGCUUAAUGAGGAGGAACCCACUUCAUUACCCUUGGCAAGAUCCAAAAAAGAAAAAUAAUCAAACAGGCCUCCCCAAAGAAGUGCUGGCAGAAAAUCGGAUCAAUGAUGUCCUGAGCAUCAACACUGCUGUUGAAGAGUACUCGUAUGAUACUGACAAGAGCCUGUGGUGUGAGAUCACAUUGAAACUGCCAUUAAUGAAGGUUCACUUUGACAUUUCAUCUCUUGUUGUGACCUUGGCACACAGUGUUGUUAUUCAUGAAACAAAGGGAAUAACGAGAUGCCUCCUUAACGAAGCCACCAACAAGCAAGGGGAGAAGGAGCAGAUUCUCAACACGGAGGGCAUAAACCUGCAAGAGCUCUUCAAAUAUUCAGAUAUACUAGACCUGAAAAGGUUGUAUUCGAAUGACAUUCAUGCAAUGGCAAAUACAUAUGGCAUAGAGGCUGCCUUGAGGGCUGUUGAAAAAGAAAUUAAAGAUGUGUUUGCUGUUUAUGGUAUUGAGGUGGAUCCUCGUCACCUCUCCCUUGUAGCAGAUUACAUGUGCUUUGAAGGAACAUAUCGUCCCCUAAAUCGCUUCGGUAUGCAGUCAAGCUCCUCCCCUUUCCAGCAGAUGACAUUUGAGACCAGCUACAAAUUCCUGAAGGAUGCUACAAUGGCAGGUGCUAUGGAUGAUCUCCAAUCCCCAUCCGCGUGCCUCGUAGUGGGAAAAGUUGUGAAAGGCGGAACUGGAUUGUUUGACCUUAAACAGCCAAUGAAGUGA